CAGGACCGGCAGCUGGCGCACGAAAAUGGCGACCUGCUCCUCAACCUGGGCGUCGGUGUGGGCUUCCGCGGCGUUGGACGGGCACUCGUCGAAGACCGCGGCGUACUCAAAGGUGUACAGCGCGGUGAACAGGCGCUCCUGCGGGAGGUUUAGGCAGAUUGGGUAAGGAGCAGACCCACCUGGCAGUGCCCGUUGCUGACUCUGGAGCCUGGGUCCCGGCCAUGAACAGCCUGGGCAUGGUGCCCGUGGGCAUGAGCGGGCAUCCGCUGGUCUCAGAUUCCAUCUGCAUCCCAGGAUUCGACCCCAGCCUGGGAAUCAUCACUCCUAUAAGCGCCAUGAUGCCGGGGAUUAGUCUGGCCCCGCCCCCUCCCAUACCCCCAGAGCUCCCGCUUGUCAAGGAGAUCAUUCACUAUGAGAGCUGCACGCUGUUCCCUCAGAACCCCAAUCUUCCACCCCCGUCCACCAGGGAGAGGCCCCCAGGGUGCAAAACUGUGUUUGUGGGGGGGCUCCCCGAAAACGCCAGCGAGGAGAUCAUCCGGGAGGUGUUCGACCCGUGUGGUGACAUCAUCGCCGUCCGCAAGAGCAAGAAGAACUUCUGCCACAUCCGCUUCAGCGAGGAGUUCAUGGUGGACAAGGCCCUGUACCUGUCUGGCUACCGCAUGCGGAUCGGCUCCAGCGCGGAUAAGAAGGACUCGGGGCGCAUGCACGUGGACUUCGCGCAGGCGCGGGACGACCUGUACGAGUGGGAGUGCAGGCAGCGGCUGCUCGCCCGCGAAAACCGCCACCACCGCCAGGUCCAGGAGCAGCAGCUGCGGCCGCCGUCGCCUCCUCCCAUAAUGCACUACUCCGAGCAUGAGGCGGGGCUUCUGGCGGAAAGGAUGAAAGACGACGGCCAGUUCGGCGCGGCGUCGGCGGUGCUGCUCGCCUGGCUGGACCGCGGCGAGGUCAGCCGCCGCACCGCCAACCUCUUCUACUCCAUGAUCCAGGCGGCCAAUGGGCACGUGCGGCGGCUGCAGAGCGAGAGGGCGCGGCACGAGGAGGAGGCGGAGCUCGCCAAAGAGCGCUUCCGAAACGCCAUGCUGGCCAUCCUCACGCAGUUCGAGCAGAUAACGGCCGUUUUCAACGCCUCCGCCAAGCAAAAGGCAUGGGACCAUUUCUCAAAAGCACAGCGCAGGAACAUAGACAUGUGGCGAAAGCAGUGCGAGGAGCUGCGGAACGCUCACAGUGAGGAGAUCAUGGGGAUACGCCGGGAGGAGGAGAUGGACAUGUCCGACGACGACUCUGAGGAAGGCGUCCGCAAGAGAACGCGCACGGACGACUCGGGUACGCGCACGGACGACUCGGUGCUGGCGGUGCAGGCCUGUGCACUCAGGGAGGAGAACGGCAGCCUGCGCUGGCAGCUGGAGGCCUGCCGGAGUGAGGUGGAGCUGCUGAAGCAGGAGCAGGGGAGGGUCUGCCGGCCCGAGGAGAACCACGUCCAGGAGCCAUCUCUGCGCCUCCUGCAGCAGAGCCUGCAUAGCAUGCAGCAGCAACUGCAGAGGCUUCAGGAGGAGCUGAGGAGGAGAGAGCAGGAGCUGGAGCUCGCCCGGGAGGAGAGCAGGAGUCUGAAGGCCGAGCUCCUCAUGCUGAAGGAGAAGGGGCUGAACGGAUACACAGCGGUGCUCCGCGGUGGUAAAGAGCUGGCGGUGCCUCUGCAGUCAGAGAAGGAAGCAGUGCUGCUGGGUAAUUACCUGACCUGGGCGUGUGCGGGGUGA